GACGUCAUCGGGGGCGUGGCUGUCCCCAAAAUUGGGGAGGAAGGGAAAAAAAGCUAGAAAAAGUUUCUACUUUCCUCGAGUCCCAAACGAGGUCUGGGACGGGAAGGAGGAGGGGGCGUCAAAGACACAGGCCCACGGCUUUGUGGGACCCUGACUCCUGUCAGGAGUCUCCCCAUUCUAGGCCAUGUCGGGGCCCACCUGGCUUCCUCCAAAGCAGCCAGAGCCUGCCAGGGCUCCUCAGGGGAGAGCACUCCCCCGAGGUGCCCCAGGGCCACCACCAGUCCACGGAACAGCACUCCAGCCCCACCCUAGAGCCAGUUUUUGCCCCCUCCCAUCUGAGCAGUGUUACCAGCCCCCUGGGGGACCGGAAGAUCGGGGGCUGGCCUGGGUGGGGUCCCAUGGACCACCCCAGCGUUCCCAGGGGCUCACUCCAGACCGGGGGUGCCUGCGCCCAGGAAGUCUGGAUGCAGAAAUAGAUUCGCUGACCAGUAUGCUGGCUGAGCUGGAUGGGGGUCGUGGUCAUGCGCCACGGCGGCCAGACCGACAGGCUUAUGAGCCCCCUCAGCUACCUGCCUAUUGCCCAGGCUCCCUGAAGCCCAACGGAGGAGGGGGUGUUCCACCCCCUCUGCUCCCAUCAUCCCCCUAUGGGGGCCCCACUCCAGCUUCCUAUGCUACUGCCAGCACCCCAGCCGGCCCUGCCUUCCCUGUGCAAGUAAAGGUGGCCCAACCAGUGAGAGGCUGUGGGCCGCCCAGGCGGGGGGCCUUUCAGGCCUCAGGGCCUCUCCCAGGCUCCCACUUUCCUCUCCCAGGCCGAGGUGAAGUCUGGGGGGCUGGCUAUCGGAACCCCCGUGAGCCAGGGACAGGGGGGAAAGAAGAGGCUGCAGGGGUCCCUGGCCCUGGAGGAGGAGGAAGAGGAGGCGGGCAUGGACCCCAGCCUCCUAGAGGAGGUGAUCCUCACCUACAGGUUUCCCUGAGUCAGCCUCCAGAGGAAGAACUGGAGAGGCUGACUAAGAAGUUGGUGCACGACAUGAACCACCCACCCAGCGGGGAAUACUUUGGCCGAUGUGGUGGCUGUGGAGAAGAUGUGGUUGGGGAUGGAGCUGGGGUUGUGGCCCUGGACCGUGUCUUCCAUGUUGGCUGCUUCGUGUGUUCCACAUGCCAGACCCAGCUCCGGGGUCAGCACUUCUAUGCUGUGGAGAGAAGAGCAUACUGCGAAAGCUGCUAUGUGGCCACCCUGGAAAAAUGCUCCACAUGCUCCCAACCCAUCCUAGACCGGAUCCUGCGGGCUAUGGGGAAGGCCUACCACCCUGGCUGCUUCACGUGUGUGGUGUGCCACCGAGGCCUGGAUGGCAUCCCCUUCACCGUGGAUGCAACCAGCCAGAUCCACUGCAUUGAGGACUUCCACAGGAAGUUUGCCCCACGAUGCUCAGUGUGUGGUGGAGCCAUCAUGCCUGAGCCAGGUCAGGAGGAGACUGUGAGAAUUGUUGCUCUGGAUCGAAGUUUUCACAUUGGCUGUUACAAGUGCGAGGAAUGUGGGCUGCUGCUGUCCUCAGAAGGAGAAUGUCAGGGCUGCUACCCACUGGAUGGACACAUCUUGUGCAAAGCCUGCAGUGCCUGGCGCAUCCAAGAGCUCUCAGCCACUGUCACCACUGACUGCUAAGUCGUCUUACAAGCACCUGCUGUGAUCUCAGUCCCCAUCCAUCACCUUCCCUGACAUCUGCCUUUUCAACGUUGUCACCAAAUGCUUUUUUUUUUUUGGUCUGCAAUCAUGAAAUAAUAGUCCCUCAAGAGUUUACAAAACA